AUGCAUGGGAAAGUUGUGUCUGCUGGAGAUAUACCUGCCACAUACAUGCAUGGGAAAGUUGUGUCUGCUGGAGAUAUACCUGCCACAUACAUGCAUGGGAAAGUUGUGUCUGCUGGAGAUAUACCUGCCACAAACAUGCAUGGGGAAGUUGUGUCUGCUGGAGAUAUACCUGCCACAUACAUGCGUGGGGAAGUUGUGUCUGCUGGAGAUAUACCUGCCACAUACAUGCAUGGGGAAGUUGUGUCUGCUGGAGAUAUACCUGCCACAAACAUGCAUGGGGAAGUUGUGUCUGCUGGAGAUAUACCUGCCACAUACAUGCAUGGGGAAGUUGUGUCUGCUGGAGAUAUACCUGCCACAUACAUGCAUGGGGAAGUUGUGUCCGCUGGAGAUAUACCUGCCACAUACAUGCAUGGGGAAGUUGUGUCUGCUGGAGAUAUACCUGCCACAUACAUGCAUGGGGAAGUUGUGUCUGCUGGAGAUAUACCUGCCACAUACAUGCAUGGGGAAGUUGUGUCUGCUGCAGAUAUUCGCACGGGGAAAAGGAUCGCAUCUGAAUCUGGCCAUGCGCUUUUAAGUUAA